AUGACCGAAGAGACACCACCGUAUGAGUCCCUCGUUUCGCGCCGCCGGCUCGGUCAGACAGAUCUUGCCGUAAAGGCUGGACAAGUCGGUACAUCGAAUUCUACGAAGCCGAAGAAUCUGGGUACAUUUGAUUAUGCGCACCUACGAGCUCCUCUUCCAAAGAAUAUCACGUCUGGCAUAUUCCCUCACCACCCCACUCCGCUCUCAUACUUCUUGAUGCGCCGAAGCAGUGAUGGUUACAUUAGCGCGACUGGCAUGUUUAAAGCUACAUUUCCAUAUGCAGAAGUGCUAGAGGAGGAAGCGGAGCGCAAAUAUAUCAAAAGCCUCGAGACGACCAGUACCGAUGAGACCGCCGGUAAUGUUUGGAUUCCUCCGCAAUCUGCCUUACAACUGGCCGAAGAAUACCAGAUUGUUCCUUGGAUCAAGGCUCUACUGGACAAUGCACCAAUCGAGGUGAAUCCUACGAAAGAUGGAUCCCCAAAGCCAAUUAGUGCACCUCCCAACUAUGCGCUUCUUCCACAGGAUAAUCUGACGGCACCCACACCCAGUCGUGGCCGUCCUCGCCGAUCGGCAUCUCCAAGCAAGAUUGCUUCGCCAAAGAAGGCUACAGGCACUACCAGAUCAAGAAAGUCGAAAAAGGAGGGUUCGGCUGAACCAUCUGCCAAGCUCGCGAGCAAGAACCUCCAAAAUUCGCUCAAUGCUACCCACGAGGCAUCUGAAGCUAGAAACUCUGCGUCAAUGGAAAAGACUCCGGAAUCUAUUCAGGAAGAGUCGGAAGCAGAAGCGAAAGAAGAGCCUGUCGUUCGUGUCAACGUCGACACGGAAGUUCAGGUUAACGGCGAUGUUGAGACUACGCACACACACGUCGAGGUUGAAAUGCCUGCUGGUUUCGCAGACAUGCCUUUGCCUGAGGACACCGAGGCUAUGAUUGCAAAAGCCAAGGAGAUGGUUGAAGCAGCCGUAAAGGGCCAGCAUCAGAUUGAGGAUGCUGAGAGCUUGCCAAAGAAGUCAAAGCGAAAGGCCGAGGAAGUCGAGGAAGACGACGAGGACAAAGAAGACGGACUUCUUCUCCCAGCGCCAGCCAAGAAAGCCAAAGUAGAAGUUGAAUUGAAGAAGGAACGUGUAAAGACACGAGCAUUGAUUGGUAUUAGUGCUACUCUGGCUCUUGGUGCGGCUGUACAAUACGCCUUUAGCGUUCUGUAA